UCCUCCCUCCCUCCAGCUCACAGAGAACAGCACGGUACCCGAGGGGGUGGUCGAGAGCUGACCGGCAGGUCGCGUGGGUGUGUGUGUGUAGUGUGUCCCGCCGUGAGUUUCCCGCCGGUUGAAGUAUGGAGGAGUUAGCCAGAGAAAGUAUCAGCCUUUUGGCUUCAGGCUCUGCCAAACCACCGCUGGACGCUCGGCUCGGCCCCAUGGGGGCUAUUUUCAUCAUGCUGAAAUCUGCCCUGGGCGCUGGGCUCCUCAACUUCCCCUGGGCCUUCGAGAGAACCGGGAGUAUCCGCAGCGCAGUCACUGUGGAGCUGGUCUCCCUCGUGUUCCUGGUCAGUGGUCUGAUCAUCCUGGGCUACUCCUCGUCCAUCAGUGGCCAGUGCACUUACCAGGCGGUGGUGAAGAAGGUGUGCGGGCCGGCCAUCGGUCAGCUGUGUGAAAUCUGCUUCGUCUUCAACCUCUUCAUGAUUUCUGUGGCCUUUCUGGUUAUACUGGAUGACCAGCUAAGGAAAUUGUGUGGCUCCCUCUAUGAGCUGGUGGCUGGUUUGCCAGAGUCAGAGAUGCCUUACCACUUCUAUACAGACCAGCGAUUUCCCCUGGUGCUGCUCUGCAUCUUCCUCAUCCUGCCGCUGUCCAUCCCCAAAGAGAUAAGCAUUCAGAAAUAUGUCAGCGGCUUAGGCACUCUUGCUGCAACCUACCUGACCAUUGCCAUCAUCAUCAAAUACCACACCACGCCAGCUGUUAUUGUUCACAUAACCCCUCUCUACAGCAGUGGGAUCAGCUCCUGGGCCUCCAUGUUCAGCGCCAUCCCCACCAUCUGCUUUGGUUUCCAAUGCCACGAGGCGUCCAUCGCCAUCUACAGCAGCAUGGAGAACCAGCGGCUCUCUCAUUGGGUCUUCAUCUCUGUGAUCUCCAUGAUCUUCUGUCUCGUCAUCUACUCCCUCACGGGGGUUUAUGGGUACAUGACAUUUGGAAAGGAGGUCAAGGCUGACAUUCUGAUGUCAUACACCGGCGAUGACAUUCUGAUGCUGAUCGCCAGGCUGCUGUUCGGAGUCUCCAUCAUCACUGUCUAUCCCAUCAGCCUGCUGCUGGGCAGAUCAGUGAUCCAGGACCCCCUGCUAAGCUGGCGGCGGAGGCGUGAUGGCGUGGUGACGGUGAAGUUUGAAAUCCGCAGCCGCUACAUGCUGACAGUCCUGUGGAUAACGUUGACACUUCUCAUCGCCGCGUUUGUACCAGACAUCAGCAAGGUCAUCAGUGUCAUCGGAGGCAUCAGCGCCUUUUUCAUCUUCAUCUUUCCAGGACUCUGUUUGAUGUUUGCCAUGCAGUCUGAGCCAGUGUCCUGUAAGACCAGAGUCAUCCUCACAGUUUGGGCAGUGGUGACCCUGAUCUGCGGAGCUUUCAUCUUCGGCCAGAGCACCACCAUCGCUGUCAUGCAGCUCCUUGGAAGGAUCUGACUGUUUCCUUUUUUUUAUUCAUGGAGACAGUGAUGACUAGAUGUUAACUUGUACUGCUCCUUUUCUCUUUUUCCCCUCCUAUAAAUAGUCCUUGAUGGUCAUACUUCACCAGUGUAAAAAUGGACAUGACCGCUGAACAAUCAAGAGGCCCCUCAAAACUUGCAACUUAUGGCCUAUGGCAAAUAAAAAAAUGUCCCUCCUUCAGUGUCAUGGUAUGUUACUCUCAUUUGGGUUAAUUGUUCUUAGUUGUAUCUUGGUAAUGAGCUCCGUCUGCCUCUUGCAAUACUGAAAUGAUCUGACUGAAACCCUCAGGUAUUUUUGCAGUUUGUUGUAUCGUAGUUGACGUACAGUCAUCGCAUUUAUUAUUGCAUAUUUGAGCAUAUCAGUAUUGGACCUGUAUUCAGAAAACAGAUAGUCUGUGGAGGACAAAUAGCCUUAAACGGAUAGUAGCUUAUAAACAUGUUUGUCACUGUUUUUAUUUAUCACAUUCUUGAAUAUUAUAUUUCACUGUAUGGUAUGUAUGGUAGUGUAACAUAAAAACUAACUAGAACAUUGUAGCAAUGUGAAAUGUAAACUGUAAAGAUAUUAUCAUGUGCCAAACAUGGUGCAGUAAACCAGGAAAGUUUCAACCAUUUGCACAGUCUUCUGGUUACCACCAGAAUAUGUGAUGAAGGAGGCCUGAUUAGGAAUAUUCACCAGACCUGCUGGUAUCUACUGUCGAGCCAUAUAAGACUGAGUUGUCAGAGAUUGCUUGAGUUUGCUACAAGCGUUGGGGAGGGAUGAUAUUUAGACGUUUCUGUACAUGUAUAUUUGCAUGUUUGUGUAAAUAAGUUGUAUCUUUAUUUGUAUGUUUAAUGAAAGAGCUGUAUUGUCAUAUUUGAUAAAUAUAUAAUGGUGUGUAAAGUAGUCACGUUAAGAGUGAAAAUUGAGAUAAUGAAUGAGAUAUUAAUAAAAUAAUUUUUAUAUGAAA